AGCUUGGCUCCAAACCGCUUGUCCCCAAACAGCACUGCCAGAACAACGCAGUUAGCUUGGCAUCGUCUUCGUGGGCGCUCCGUGCAACAUGAAGAGACCUGCGGAAGAUGCGGCAGAGGAACCCGCCCAGAAGAAACCUGCCGUGUGUACCGAUGCAAAAAGUGGCCAGGCGGAGGGUCCAUACUUUGUUCAUGACAACGGUGGUCGUCCCUUCAAAGUGGAAGUGACGCGGACGAAUUCUUCGAAGGCCAACGUUCAGGUUUUCAAGAUUCUCAACCAAAGCGAGAGCGAGGACGGCGAGGACGGCGAGGACGGCGAGGACGGCGAGGACGGCAAGGACCAGGAAGAUGCAGGGCAGAAGGAGUCAAAGGAAGGAGUCGAAGGAGUCGAAGGAGUUCGAGUAGUAACUGCCGGGGACCUCGCCAAGGAGCUAGGGGUGGACAAGCUCUUCUUGAAGAUGGCGGAUGGCGAAGGAGAAGAAGAGGAGGAUGGUGAGGAAGAUGAAGAAGACCAGGACAUGCCCAACUACGAAGAGCAGGCCUCUGUCACCUUGUCUGUGGAGAGGGUCUUUGUCGGGCAGUGCCCAAAGCAUGGCGCUCGCUUUGACGGAAACUCCAUGUUGCUGCACUUGGAGGGAUUGAAGUAUGUGUUUGUUGGGGAGCACGUCUUCUCCUUCACAGCCAAAGCACCCAUCACAAAGUAUGUCUCGCCCGUUGGUAACAGUGACGUCCCUUAUCCUUGGGCGAUGGAUGAACAGGGUUCACGAUACUUGAUGAUCAGCUCCGUCAUUCUGACCAGCAAGCUCUUCGAGAACAGUGACACGGACCCCUAUGACCUUUUCUUCGAUCGGUCCCUCAUCACUGCGGACAUCGGGUUUGUGCCUCCCAAGCAACCACUCUCGCAAUUCCAAGGAAUCACAGAAUUCUGGAUUGGUGAAGAGCAGUAUACCCUCAGAUAUGAGCCCCACCCCGAAGCAGACUUUGACCGCCUGUCAGGCAUGGGUGAGCUUUUCGUGGUGAAAAGUGACGGCAAGAUCAAGCUGUCGAAGGCGGACUAUCUCAAGUUGAUGCAGGACUUUGCAGAGGAGAUGGGUUUUCAAGCUCUUGACACCGAGACAUUGGUUGAGCGGCAGAUCUGAAGCAAAGCGCGGCGCGAGCAGC